UAGAUUCCAGUAGAAUUUUGCUUGAUUACGGUAGAAUUUUGGUAGUGUCCGGUAUUUCCAAGUACCACAUUAAAAAUUGUAUAAACAAACAUGACGGACGUUGGAAAAACAAAGCCAUCUUCCGCAAAGGAAACCAUGGACGUAUUGAUGGAGAUGUCUCGCAUACUGAACACAGGCCUGGAUCUGGAGACACUGGCCACUGUCGUACGGCUGUGUGAGAGUGGAGUCAACCCAGAGGCAAUAGCCCUCGUCUUCAAUGAACUGCGCAAGGAGUCCUCAGCAAUAAAAAAUGACUCUAAUCAGAGUGGCAGCUGAAGUGUAGCCAGGUUCCAGAUUGGUGGGCGUGCAUUAAUCUGCAGUUGUUGGCAAAGACAAUUUCAUCAUUCUUCAGGAUUUGUGUGGCUCUUUUACCUAAUUGAUCCUUGUCCUAAAGUAACUGUACUGUUUGAAGUGUUUAAUAGCUUGAAUGAUAGACAUUAAUAUAUGGAUCUAUGGAUGGAAAUGAAAUUGACAUAUUACAUGUAUGUUUUGUAAAGAGAAAUAGCAGAAAUAUUGGAAUUAUUGCAUAUGAUUAUAAUUUCUUAUAUUGUGAUAUUACAUAAGGUGACUUGGUGUAAACUUGAUCUGAGAUUAAUAUAUUUUCAUGCACGUAAAUCUUAAAGAUUCAUGUAAUUGUAUGCACGUUCUCAAAAUUAUAUUAAAAAGAGAGAAAUAAUUGUGUAGAAAUAAUAAAUUUAAGCUGAAGGUUCUCUGUGAAAAUGUUUGGAAUGAAAUAAAUAAAAGUUACAAGUAUGAAAAUUAAUUUAAUGAACCAUAGCUUGAAUAAAAAUUGUGCUUAAAUUGAUAUUAGUUAAAACCACUAUUUUUUAUUUGGAAUACAAAAUGUACUGCCAGUAACAGCUUUUUUUCCGCUUUACCGGUAGUUCAUAGAAAACUUGCCCUUUUUCUAUGAUUUUAUGAUGCUUUAGAAAAAAAAUUGCACAUAAAUUAUUUUUGCUUGCA